CAUGUUGUGUGGUUUUAAGCCUAAAGUGUGGCUACAACUACUUCAAGAAUGUUUCUGUUCCUGUUCAAAUGUGUGCGUAGUUGUGCUUUUCGUCAUGCAGACCAUGGUGUGUUUUGGAGUCAAAGGUGUGAAUAGGUUUGUGAAAGUGUUCCUGUAUGUGUGUGUGUGUGUGUCAGCAUUGUCAUGUUCUCCUUUGUGUGGGGAUUUCUCUGCAUGACUGCCAGGUGCGAUGGCUCCAUUCAUUUGUGCCACUCUGAUCCUUCGGAUAAUGUAACAAGCACAACCCCACCCACCCACCUCCCUCCUCCAGUGAACAUCUAACCCCUACAAUUAUCCCAAGAUUGUUUUUUGCUGGUUGAAACCAGGCACACUUGGAAAGCUAUGGAGUUAUUGAUCUUUGCCUUGGUAUAGCAGUAUUUUAAGCAUUUCCUUUUUUGUGUUUUGACAUGAAGUUCAAAGCGAUUGCACAACAGAGUAGCAGGGUAAUCCACUAUCUCAAUAGCAACCUGCAACAUGGUAAGUAAUAUGUCACUGUCACUGCACCACAGUUCAUAGUGCUUGGAACACGAGGUUGGUUUUAGAUAACAUAUGAAUAUUUGGAGUUUUCUUUGAGAAACAAACCACAUUAGAGCAUAUUACUGGCAGGUGCAGCUUGUGGUCAUAUCAUGAGUACCUUCAUUUACCUAAAGUCUUUCUGUAGCUGUGUGCAGAUAUUAUGUGUGUCCGUUUAGCGGAUAGCAGGUGUCUGAUGUGUAAACAGAGAAGGUGGAUAGGAGAGGGGCGACAGGAGGUAGGAGGGAGAGAGAAGGAAGGGGUAAGUGGGAUGGGUGGAGUAACGGAUGUAUUUAAGAUGCUGUAGUCCUCAUCCUUCUUAUCAGUUGCUUUUACCUCCUCUCUCUGCACCUGAACAACAGACCAGCACUCAUCCUCCACUCAGAAUGUCUUUGCCUAAUUCAGAGAAUGCCUCCACCCUGGAGAAUGCCAUGCAGCUCAUGAUCCAGACCUUCCAUAAGUACUCUGGAAAUGAGGGGGACAAAUAUACACUGAGCAAGGCUGAACUCAAAGAGAUGCUUACCACAGAGCUUGGGAGCUAUCUUGGGAAUGCCCAGGAUAAGGAAGCUGUGGAAAAGAUUAUGGGAGACCUGGAUUCCAACAAUGACGGAGAGGUAGAUUUUACAGAGUUCAUCAUACUCAUUGGAGCUCUCACUGUUGCCUGUAACGACUUCUUCUUGGAGUACAAUGACAAGCAAGAGAAGAAGAAGUGAAGCCACCCACCGCCCCAGAGUCUCCUCUUUAAAAUCCCACAUGUUCCAGGGAGGAAGCACUUAAGGAAAGGGAGAAGGCCCAUUUGGGACACCCUGUCAUGGACCUCGUGUGCACAAACACACACACAAACCUCUAAUAGCAAAACCUCAAGCAAUAAAUGUUGGGUGUUUGUCCACAAUGUC